AUGAGUAACAAUUUGAGCCUUCGUACCAUUCUCACUGAUUGCAAACUUAACGACACAAACUUUCUCGAUUGGCAUCGCAAUGUCCUACUCAUUCUCACUCAGGAAAAAAUUGAAUAUGUGCUUGAUGGGCCCAUGCCCCAGGAACCUAAACCAAAUGCUCCUGCUACUGCUCGAAAUGCUUACAAGAAGCAUAAGGAUGACAAUAGGGAAGCUUCAUGUAUCAUGGUAGCCUCCAUGACUCCUCAGCUUCAGUGCAAGAUGGCAGAGGGAGCACCUGUUGCUCCACACGUCUUAAAAAUAAUUGGGCUAAUUGAAAAAUUGGCCGAAUUAGGCUUUAAGAUGGACCAGGAGCUGAAUGUUGAUUUAGUGCUCCAAUUUCUGCCAGAUUCUUUCUCACAGUUUGUUAUGAACUAUCAGAUGAAUAAUCUGCAGCACACUUUGUCUCAGUUGUUGAAUGUGCUAAAAACUGCUAAGAAAGAAAUAAAGAAAGGGAAGGGUCCCACUAAUGUGCUUGUUAUUUUCACCUCUAAGAAGAGGAAGAAGCAAGGAAAAGGGUUUAAGAAGUCCACAAACAAACCUGUCAAGAAGGCCAAAGCAGACCAGCCUAAAGCAACCUGCUUUCAUUGUGGAUAA